CUCUUCCUCUUCGUUCACUCUUCUUCUUCUUCUUCUCCGUUGAAUGGCACUCACACUCGAUCUCUCGCGGCGCAUUCUAAACUUCCUCGCGUCAUCGAAAUCGCCACCAGGCAUCAAUCCAGCGCGCAUGCAACGCAUUGCUCAGGUACAACAUCCGACAAUACAAGAAUCUGAGAAUUUUUUCCCGCGCAAAUUUUUGAAGCCUUGUUCUCAGAAUGUCUGUGUUGUUUUCAGGUUGUUGGCUCGCGGUCGUCGCUACGGCUUGUGCUCGAGAACUGCAUGGAUCCACACAAUGCGUCCGCGUGCAUCCGUACCGCCGAGUCCUUUGGCAUUGCACACGUCCAUGUCAUUGAGUCGUUCAGCACGUUUCGACCAUCGGAAACGGUCGCGAGCGGAGCACAUACAUGGACGCUGGUGCAUCACCAUCCAAGCGUGGAGCACUGCCGCGCGGCACUCGCAGAGGCCAACUGCGCGCUCGUGGCGUCAGACCUGUCUGGCAAUGCAACCGAACUGCUGCACGGCGUUCGAAGCUGGCUCCCAUCACUCUCGACAUUAACAACAGAGCAAAGAAGAGCAUUGACGAAUGUGCUGGACGAGCGUGCAGCCAUCGCCGCGAUACGUUUGACGCCAGAUUCAGUCCUCAAGCAUGAGGCGGCUGCUCCGCCAACGCCUCCAGCCACGCCAAUCGUCAAAGCGCACGCUUCGCCUGUAUUAAAACCUGUGCAAUCGCUUGCGCUCGCUUUUGGAAACGAAUCGAGGGGAGUUUCGCGUUUGCUCGUCAACUCAUCCGACGCGACAUUCUUCCUGAAAACGGUCGGCUUCACACAGAGCCUCAACUUGUCAUGUGCCGUUGCAGCCACACUGGGCACGCUUCAGGGAAUCAACUUGCUCGAUGGAUUGCCCAUGUCGCAGGACGAGCAGACCAUUUUGCAAGUACGAUUUUUGCUUUCACAUGGUUCGCGCACCAUGACUGAGCUGUUGAGGCGGGCUGGCAUCGAAGUGCCAGGCCUGUAGUGGGAUGCAUGCGCCAAGAUGUCAGGUUGCGGUCCGAGAUGCGUUGAAAGUCAGUUCUCUCAAACAACAACAAAACAAUAAUUUUAAGACAGCAAUGAACCACAAACACACAAAAAAACAC